CCUGUGACGUGCUUCAAGCUUCGAUUACCAAACCUAACCUUAUCCGGUAGUUUAGGGAUUUUUAACCGUUAGUAUAACCAGCAUGAAAACUCGCAAUGCCGGCGUUUCGAAGCCGUCGCCGACGGCAAAGAAAACGCCGCCGGUGAGAAAAUCGGCCUCCAAAGCAAAGCCGUCGCCGUCAACAGAGACUCCUAAAACCGCCGAGACGAAGCGGAGUUCUGCCAGAGCAGCCAAGCAGGUCAAUAAGACUGAAACCACUCCGGUUGCUGCUUCAAAACUCCGUCAAUCUUCAGCCGAGGAGGAGUCGCCUGGUAGUGCUAAGGGGACACCGGGCACUGAAGCUGGUGCGGCAACUGCAUCAAUAGCGAGAAGGACUUCCGGGAGAGCAAGGACACUGACAUCGGUGAAUAUUUCGGCACAGCUAGAGUCUGCGAAAGCGAAAGGGAAGGCACCGAGUAAGAAGAAAAAGGCAGAUAUUGAGGAUGUGGAGUUCACGGAGGAGGAGGUUGAGAAUGUAGGGAUGGAAGAAACAGCUGUCGAGGCAGAAGUACCGGCCGCUGAGAAUGCUGGAGUUUCUGCGACAGAUGAAAAAGGGGACGUUGGAGUAGAAAUAGAUCCUAGUGAAGAUGAAGAGGUUCCUAUUGAGAUGGAAGAAUCUGUAGUUGAGGAGGUUGCAAAGUCUUCUGAGAAUGUGCCGCCCAGUGGUGAAGGGGAUCCUGCUGUAUUAGAUGAAUCGGUGACUGAGGAGGUUACAAAGUCUUCACAGAGUGUGCCGCCCUGUGAUGAAGAGGAUCGUGUUGAGAAAGAAGAAUCUGUAGUUGAGGAGGUUGCAAAGUCUUCAGAGAGUUUGCCACCCUGUCAUCAAGAGGAUCACAUUGAGAAAGAAGAAUCUGUACUUGAGGAGGUUGCAAGGUCUUCAGAGAAUCAACCGCCAUGUGACGGAGAAAAUUCUGUUGCGAUAGAAGAAUCUGUAAUUGAGGAUGGUGCAAAGUCUAUAAAAAAUGAGCCGCCCUGUGAUACAAGACAAUCUGUAGUUGAGGAGGUCGCAAGGAAUUCAGAGAAUGAGCCACCCUUUGCUGAAGAGGAUCCUAUUGAGAUAGAAGAGUCUGUAGUUGAGGUGGUUACAAAGUCUUCAGAAAAUGGAUUUGCAGGCGAUGUAAGAGAAAAAAUAGAAGUGAGAGCAGAACAGAAAGAAGAGUCUAAGGAUACUUAUAGUAAUGAGGAGACCUAUUCUGAGUCUGCUCACAAGAUACAAAAUGACAAAACAAGACUACAAGGUGAAGAUACUGAUCUUGCAAAAGAGAUGUAUGAUGUUGAUGAGGAAAUGGAGUAUGGUGAAAAACUUGAUCUUGAUGAACAUGGAGAGGAAGAACUUCCAGGAGAUGAUGCAGAGGAUCAUGAAGAAGAAAGUGUGAAACUGGAGGAUGAACGCAAGCAGUUGACAGCCAUAGCAAAGGAGCGCAAGAUAAAGAAAGAGCGGGAGAUAUUUCUUGAUGGUCUUGAUCCGGAUGUUGAGGAGGAAGACGUGAGAAGGGUCUUUGAGAGGAUUGGAGGGAUAGUUGAGGUCAGGUUACAGAAGAAUCCUUCAACUAAUAAGAAUAAGGGUUAUGCAUUUGUGGAGUUCAAAGAUAAGGAGCAUGCGAGGCGUGCUUUGUCUGAAAUGAAAAACCCUGCUAUUCGAGGGAAACGAUGCGGGACAGCGCCCAGUGAGGACAAUACCACAUUGUUCAUAGGUAACAUUUGCACAACGUGGACAAAGGAAGCGGUUAAACAAAAACUAAAGGAUUAUGAGGUUGAAGGUGUUGAGAACAUAAACCUCGUCCCAGAUAUUAAACGUGAAGGGUUGAGCCGAGGUUUUGCAUUUGUUGAGUUCUCUUGUCAUGGUGAUGCUAUGCUUGCAUAUAAGAGGCUUCAGCAGCCUGAUGUUAUAUUUGGCCACCCUGAAAGAACUGCCAAAGUGGCCUUUGCUGAACCUAUAUGUGAGCCUGACCCUGAGGUCAUGGCCCAAGUGAAGUCAAUAUUUGUGGACGGGCUUCCACCUCAUUGGGACGAGAAACAGGUUAGAGAGCAAUUUAAAUGCCAUGGAGAAAUAGUACGUGUCGUUCUGGCCCGAAAUAUGUCUACAGCCAAGCGAAAAGAUUUUGGAUUUGUUGAUUUCUCUUGCCAUGAGUCUGCUGUGGCAUGUGUUAAUGUUAUAAACAAUACACCACUGGAUGAUGGGAAUUUAAAGAUAAAAGUGAAAGCAAGACUUUCAAAUCCUUUGCCUAAAACUCAGGCUGUGAAGGGUGGAAUACGUGGUGGAUUUCGAAUUGGCCGUGCUGGCAGCAGUGUUUCAAGAUUCGGUAGGGAUUUUGGUCGCAGUGGACAUGCGUUCAAUCGAGCAAAUUUUCAACGUGACAGACAUUUUUAUGAUGGUGGACGUGGUCAAACUGGCAGGGGUUUCAAAGAACAUGCCUAUGAUAAUCCACAUGCCGAGUUUCGUGGACGAGGGGGCAGAAGGGGCUUUUUCAGAGGUGGACAGUUUUCAUCCGGUGGAGGUUCUGGAGUUGCUUCCCCAUCACCAAGACCCUAUGUCGAUAGAUCUUCGCAUGGUGCCCCUGAUAGAGGCCGAGGUAUGCCUGCUCCUUCUAGGAGGCAUCCUCAUUCUCCACAAGGACACUUUGAUGGGCCACACAGGAGGGGUCACUUUGAUGGGCCACACAUGAGGGGUCACUUUGUUGGGCCACACACGAGGGGUCACUUUGAUGGGAUACACACGAGGAGUCACUUUGAUGGGCCACACAUGGGUGGUCAUGUUGAUGGGCCACACAUGGGCGGUCAUUUUGAUGGGCCACACCUGGGCGGUCACUUUGAUAGGCAACACAUUGGGGGUCACUUUGAUGGGCCACAUAUGGGUGGUCGCUUUGAUGAACCUUCUUUUUAUGAUGAACGUGAUAGAACACAAGGCAUGAAGCGUCCAUUCCAUAUGAGAGACUAUGAUCCUGAUUACUUGGAGCCUAAUAGAGCUCGGCCACGAUUGAAUUAUAAUGAUCCAACAGCUUCAUUUUGCGGAAACCAUUACAGUGGUCAUUACAGUGAUACUUAUGGAGCUAGCAGCAAUCUCUACCCUCAUCAAUAUCAUGGUCCUGAAUCUCAUUAUGGUCCACAUUCACCUCAUUAUGGGCCCAAUCAAUCAUAUGGCCGGGGUCGCUACUGUUAGAUCCCAUAAGUAGUUGGUGGGAAUGAAUCUUUAGGAUGCAUUGUUCAAGGACGUACAAGAGGCUUGCUGUUAGAAAGAAGUUGCAUAUUUCUUUUCUCUCUUGCCUUUAUCCUGCUUUUGUGCAUAUAUUCCAUCUUCUUUACCUAAUAGUUGUUUUUCUUUUUUUAACGAAAGUUGGGGUAGGGCUUUCCCAAGUUUUGAUGUUUGUAGUUUAGGACCUUAGGUAGUGUCUAAGGCUUUACGUAGAAACUACUCAAACUAGUAAGAAUUUGUAUGGAGGUUGUGAGAGAUUUACCCCUUUAGCCUAGGCUGGAUAGCUUGAAGAGCUUUGUUAUGACUGUUCUUCUGAAGUUAAGAUGCUUGUAUGAUCAUUGUUAAUUUUGUGGUUUAAAGGAAUGAAGUUUGGUUAUUGG